CGCAAUGAAAAUGUGUGUCUUGUUUUGUUUUAACUAACACUUUGUAUUUUACUCACUAGAACAUGUGAUCAUCUUAAAAUUUACUGAAAUUGGUUACAAGAAGUUCUCCUUUAUAGAGACUGUGUGAGUGAGAGGAGAAAAAAUUGUCUCAUACUCUUUGUGUCGCAACUUAAAUUCCAACAUGAACGACGAGCAAGAACCUUUGCUUGCAAAGAAUCAAAGAGAAAGAAAAGAAACAUCUCAUGAACAAUUACAAGAAGAGUUGAAACAUGUAUCUUUUGAAGAUUUGCAGAAAUUACAGAAGAGAUUGGGUACCAAAAUAUACAAUGAGACAGUAUUUGGGAGAGAAAACAAGAAAAAAACUGAUUUUAAGAGGGAAAAUAAAAAUAGACCACGGGAAAUGUCUUCUAAGAAACCAGUUCCUGAUUUCAAGUUCAAUGAUGUGAUUUCUGACAAAAAAGUUAAAUCUCGGGAUCCUAGAUUUGACAGCUUAUGUGGCACAUUUGAUAAGAAAGCUUUCAGGAAAUCUUAUGGAUUUCUUACAAAAGUACGCAAAAAUGAUCUGAAAACUUUACAAAAAGAAUUGGAAACUACUACAGAUCCAAAAUCCAUAAAAAAGAUCAAAUAUCUCAUUCAAAGACUUGAGAAUCAGCUGAGAGAAGAAAAACGGGAAAAAGAGAAAGAAAAAAAAGAGUAUCAAGAGAAAAGAGAAUUACUAGAAUCUAUUAAGCAAGGAAAAAAGCCUGCUUUCAAAAAGAAAUCUGAAAAGAAGAUUUUGGAUUUAGUCAAACAAUAUGAAGACUUAAAGAACACAGGUAAAUUAAAGAAACAUAUUCAAAGAUUGCGGAAGAAAAAUAAAUCUAAGGACAAAGUAAAGUUAAAAUAAAACA